UGUGACUAAAUAGUUGAAAUCCUUCUUCUGCAGACUAAAGAGAUUUUAAAGAAAAAUGCAACAAGCUUUCAUCUUCUGCCUCCUGUCAGCUCUCUGUGGUGCGAAAACACUGAUCCAAACUAAAGGAGGAAGCAUCACAGUGAAAUGCUCCUUCGCUUUGUCUGGAAGAGGGAAGUACGUCUGCAGGGAUCCGUGUGAAAACGGAGAUGUUCUCAUUGAAACCGAAGCUACGGAGGCUCAAAAUGGCCGAUACAGCAUCAGUUACAGAGAAGGAACCUUUCCAGCUUCUUCUACUGUUCUGUAUGUGAACAUCUCGCAGCUGAUCCAGUCCGACUCCGGGCGCUACUGGUGCGGAUUAAAAAGGCGUUUAAUGAUUGAUUCACGCCAGGAGUUUAUCGUAAAUGUCACAGAUGAUCUGAAGGAGCUGGAGCAGCAGACAGAGGCGAAAGGUCAUGACCUGCAAAACUGAAGCUCUAUGCAUUAGCUUCAGCAUUUAAUACUUAAAGGGGACCUAUUAAGUAAAAUUCACAUUUUACACAUUUUGUAUUUCCAUUUCAGCUUCUACGGUUUCUAAAAACA